AUGGGAGUUCCUACUUUUUAUCGCUGGCUAUGUAGCCGAUACCCGCGCGUAGUGCAGGAUGUUAAAGACGAUUUGAAUGAAAAUGAUGUCGAUUUCUCAGAUAUCGAGGCGUUCGGAUUGGCUUUACUUAACCCAAAUCCAAAUGGAGAAUCUGAUAACCUAUAUGUUGACAUGAACGGUCUAAUACAUCCAUGUUGCCACCCAGAAGGAAUGGAACAACCGCCAUCAGAAGAGGUCAUGUUUCAAUGCGUAUUCGACUACAUAGACAGACUCUUCUAUCUUGUUAGGCCUAGGAAACUAUUGUACCUAGCAAUCGAUGGUGUAGCGCCACGUGCAAAAAUGAAUCAACAAAGAUCAAGACGUUUCAAAUCUGCAGCAGAAGCUGAUCUGGAGGCUGAGACAUAUGCUAAAGUAGCUGCGGAGUUCGCAGCACAAAAUGUAACGGUACCACCGAAGGAAACACGAUGGGAUAGUAAUGUUAUCACCCCUGGAACACCAUUUAUGGACGAAUUAAGCAAACGUGUUGUUGCUUUUAUCGAAGAACGUAGGCAACUUUUUGAAGCUUGGGCACGUAUUCAUGUUAUAUAUUCGGAUGCUAAUGCACCAGGUGAAGGUGAACAUAAAAUAAUGAAUUUUGUGCGUAACCAAAGACACUCGGAACAUCACGACCCAAACACUAGACAUGUACUACACGGUAUGGAUGCCGACCUUAUCAUGUUAGGGUUAGCUACCCACGAAGUGAAUUUCUACAUCAUAAGAGAAAUUGUCAAUCACCUAAACCCUGCAAAGAAAACUGAAGAGGAGACACGGAAAGCCAUUAUGGCAGCACAAGACAAACUGGUAACGGGUACUAAACUUAGGGAUGACAAAUCAUACCGAUCAAUGUUGAGACAGAAUUGGAAACCAUUACAGUUUCUAAGGUUACCAGUAUUGCGGGAAUAUCUGUCUCAUCAAUUGUAUUUCCCUUCGGGAUGGAGUGACGGCAAAGGCGCGAUUGAUUUUGAGAGAUGUAUUGACGAUCUAGUUCUUAUGUGCUUCUUUUGUGGAAAUGAUUUUCUGCCGCAUUUGCCUUCAAUUUCAAUUACCAGUGGCUCAAUAGACCAAAUGAUAUUGCUAUACCAGACAAUGCUUCCAGAUCUAGGUAACUAUCUAACAAAUGAGGGCGAGAUAAAUUUUAAUGAAUUAGGAAAAUUCGUGUCGUACAUUGCACAGAUUGAAGAUCAGGUAUUCCGUGCCGAACAAGAUUUCAAACAACGACAAAAGUCACGACGUAUACAAUAUGAGGCCCAAAAUGCGACUAACAAGGACACUAACAAUAGAAAAAUGAACCAGGCACAGCAUGCGGAACAACAACCUACAAAUUCUGAAACAGGUGAUAAUGGCAAUGUGUCAACCGAUACAGGGGCUGUUGCUGUUGUAAAUGGUGCUACGCAGUGUAAUGAUGCUGAACCCUCAACAACAUCAUUAGAUGUGCAAGCAGAAUUCAAGAAACGUUGUUCUGAACUAUUGAAACGGCUUAGGGAAGUAGAUGAUCCUGUUGAGCCCAUCGAUUUAUCUCUCAAUGAUUCAAGCUUAUGGAAAGCUGCCUACUAUCGACAAAAGUUUGGUUUAUCGGAAUCAGAUGAUGUUUGGGCAUUUGCUUCUGAGGUUGCAGAACAAUAUAUCAAAGGGAUGUGUUGGGUUUUGCGUUAUUAUUACCAAGGUUGUGUCAGCUGGGGAUGGUACUACCCAUAUCACUACGCUCCCUUUUGUUCUGACUUGAAAUUUGAAGGACUGGAGUUCACAUUCGAAUACGGUAACCCUUUCACGCCGUUCCAACAGUUGAUGAGCGUUAUGCCCAUACGCUCGUCCCACUGUUUGCCAGAGCAACUGCGUGGACUCAUGACUGACAGUGGGUCACCAAUAUCGAACUUCUACCCUAUAAAGUUUGUCGAGGAUCCUAAUGGUAAGCGUUACAAAUACCAGUGGGUAGCUUUACUGCCAUUCAUUGACGAGCGCAAGUUGUUGGAUCUUGUGAAACCUAUAGAAGCAAGUCUGCCGCCUAAUUUACAGGAACGCAACCGAGUAAAAAAGGAUAUGCUGUUCCCAGCACCUAAAGGUAAAGAUACGCUCAUAGGUGAAAUAUCUGUGGUGGGUACGCAUUGUGAAUUUGAAUCGCGUUCUGGAUCGAAGCACCGCAGUCAUUUGCUUGCAGGUGCUGUGGUACCCACUAAUGUGCUAAGUAUUCAGGAUUUGAUGGAGGAUGGUCGUACCCGUGGAUUUAACUGCGAGACGGCUAAACGUAUGAUUUCUAAUGUCUUGGGGCGUGGGCCUAAUACCGACUGUAAGGACAAUGACGUCCUUCGCAACAACGCUAGGGAUUUCCACCAGGAGCAUAAUCGCUAUUCGACACAGCAUUUCCCUGGUGCGUCAAAUGGUUCGAGGAACUACGCCAACCGCGAGCCAUACGGUUCACAAUAUCCACCUGCUGGUGGUUCCAGUAGCUAUCACGGUAGCGUCCGUCGUCCCAACCACGGUACGCAUGCGUACCAGGGUAAAGACUCUCAUACGAACAAUGGAGCAGACGGCGGAAACUACCGUGCUGGAGGUAGAUCAUAUGGCCCGCAACGGCAGCAAUAUGACUAUCAUAAUCGUUCCGGAGGUAACCACAGGAACGGUGGUGGGUCAGCGCCCGGUCGUCAAGGAUACAGCAACGAUGAUCGUGUAAGGCCGCAUCACGGUAGUAUGCGAUAUCCUCAGUCAAGAACCCAUGGUACGGUAAACGAUGUACACGGUGAAUCUAGAACCACACCCAACCGUCAUCAUACUAGACCUUAUCGCGAACCGUCAAGAAGCGGUCAUGAAGGCACACGUCCAUAUGAACCGAGAUCACGUGAGUAUGGUGCUGCAUCAGGUAUGAGACCAGACUACAUGGCAGGACACAAACUGGAACGUCCUCCACCUCCUCCGUCACAUACAGUAAGUAAUGUGCGCCGUGUACCACCACCUCCGGAUGCUCAUGAGCCCAGUUUGAUGCGAGCACAGAAACGUAUACACGACGGUUUGGAGCCCACACCGUUACCGCGCCGUUUACCUCCAAGGAAGCGCCAGUGA